AUGGAACGCUCACCAGCCAAUAUCUGGGGUUUAUUCCAUCCCCAAACCAUUCUCUCGCUUGCAAACUCGCCGCUUUUCUCACUUUCUGGCUCGCAAUAUGCCAUCAAAAUGGCCGAUUCUGAUACGGGAGUCUUUGGCGCUGUCGGUGCUGUCCUCGGAUAUGUCGGUGCGGAGGCAGCUACCGGUCAAAUCUUUGAGCGCCUACUAUGGCCCCAACGGUCCUAUGCGAAUGCUACACUGAAAUUGAUCCCUAUGCUGGCCGUUUUGAUGCCCAUAGGCGGGCCGCUACACAUCAUAGCGCUCAAGGCCCUCGAUGUCAUAUUCGCUCAUGGCUUAUUCAGGGGGGCACGAGUCGGCCACAUGCUUGGAACUGCUUUCUAUCCAGAUCAAGACUGGACUUACACCAGCUGGACGAGCAAUGGCCAAAAGAUCGAGACGGAGCCAGUGCACAAUUGUCUCUGGGUUCGCGCGCUGAGCUACGUUCCGAUUCCCAUACUCAGCUCCGAUACGCAACAGGCAACCGAUCAGACCCCUGAGAAGAUCGAUCCCAGGCCAGACGAGAUUCGGGCCAAGGUGACCGUCAGUUAUCUGACUUUGACCAGAGCCACAAAGCAAGACGUAGAGUCUAAGAUGCCAUUUGUUGAAGCAGACGUUGGACGGCCAGCGUUCCAAACCUUUCUAGCAAUCUUUGCAACAGAAUCAUCCGCUAUACUUGCAGCUAUUGGCAUAGCGGUCUAUUACAAGUCGCUAUGGGCGCUAUGGUGGCUCGCUCCCCUGCUUCUUCGCCUUAUCAGUGCCUUGUUUGCAUAUGAAGACAACUUUAUGCUUCUCACAGGCACCAAGUCUGUCGUCCAACAGUUUUUCGUCCAUUAUGGACACCCAGAGCGGAAUCGGUUUCGAGAAGCAGUACAGAUCGUAAUGGUGGUUCUCUUUGGCUUGCUCUUCCCUCUGGGUUUGUUCUUCUCGGUCAUUUGGAUGCCCAUUGCAGUCCAGAAAAUUUGGGUGUGCUAUCAGUUCUACUCCGCCCUUGCUAUGAUUACCUUACGUUACACCCAUGGCUGCAGUAGCACAUCGACAGAGGCCAUGAUUACAGAGCACUUCAAAAAGCAACAAGAGAGCGUGCCCAUUACCGACAGCGGGAAGCAGGAAACGGCCAUCCUCUUUGGCGUCACUCGAGAUGGCAGCGAGACCAUUAAAGCCAGCCUUGUCCCAACCUAUCAUAAUCGCUUCUUGGAUGGACAAGCAUGCAUGGAUAACCUUUUGCGGCGCAACUUGCAUACUAGCUUAUGGAACCUUGAUGAUAUGAGCCGAGACAACAGAUGCCUCAAUGUACAGCACCCAAUGCAGAUUGAAGAGAAAGCAAAAUGA